UGUCGCGCGCGUCAGAGGGGGAAACGACCGUUGUUGACUUGGCUUCACCUUUAUUAAAACCUGGUAUUUUUUUUUUUAAUAAAAUCACUUCACACAGUCGUAUAAUCUAAUAAUUUGAUAAAAUAACAACACUGUAAUAAUAUAAUUCGAUUAUUUUGACCGAGAAGAGGUACGAGCAACUUUUCAGUAAGAAACCAAAGGUGGAAAUGGAUGAAUGUGGUAUUGGUCACUGUAGCGACGAUGGUAAAUUUGAAAGCCCUAAUGAAGCCGCUUUAUUGGCCCUGAUGGAGAAGACGGGUUACAGUAUGGUUCAGGAAAACGGACAAAGAAAAUUUGGUGGCCCACCACCAGGCUGGGAUGGCCCCCCUCCUCCACGUGGAUGUGAGGUGUUUGUGGGGAAAAUUCCCAGGGACAUGUAUGAGGACAAGUUGGUGCCUGUGUUUGAGCGUGCAGGACGCAUCUACGAGUUCCGUUUGAUGAUGGAGUUUAGCGGGGAGAAUCGUGGCUACGCCUUCGUCAUGUACACCACCAAAGAAGCAGCCCAGCGAGCCAUCCACCUCUUGGACAACUACGAAAUCCGUCCAGGGAAGUUUAUAGGAGUCUGCGUGAGUCUGGACAACUGUCGCCUUUUUAUUGGGUCUAUCCCCAAAGACAAAAAGAAGGAGGAGAUCCAAGAAGAGAUGAUGAAGGUUACAGAUGGAGUGGUGGAUGUCAUUGUGUACCCGAGUGCCUUGGACAAAACUAAGAACCGGGGUUUUGCUUUUGUGGAGUACGAAUCGCACAAGGCUGCUGCCAUGGCCCGCAGAAAGCUCAUACCAGGAACAUUCCAGUUGUGGGGCCACACCAUACAAGUUGACUGGGCUGCGCCAGAGAAAGACGUAGAUGAGGAGACAAUGCAACGUGUGCGGGUUCUGUACGUCCGUAAUCUUAUGCUAUACACGACUGAGGAGACUCUUUGCACAGAGUUCUCCCGGCUGAAGCCAGGUUCAGUGGAGCGUGUUAAAAAACUGACAGACUACGCCUUUGUCCAUUUCUACACACGUGAAGACGCACUUGCUGCACAGCAGUUCAUGAAGGGCAAACUAAUCGACGGCUCUCCAAUUGAAGUAACCCUUGCAAAGCCGGUCAGCAAAGAGGCCGGGCGAAGAUCUGGAAUACGAACCAGUCAUAAUGGAACAUCAGUUGGCGGGCCCUAUGGUGACACCAAUUUUCUCUCACAGAACAAAGAUGAUUCCGGAAUCAGUCUGUGUUCAGGGAUUAUGAGUGAUGGGUAUUCUGUACAUCCUCUCAGUUUACCCCCUCACUUGGGUAGCCCGUAUCCAAUGGACGCAGAACAAGGUGUGUAUCCUUAUUUGCCCGGAUCCAGUUUGGUGCCAACCAGCCUGCAGAGCCUUAAGCCCAGCCAGUUUAGUUCUGCCGUGUCACUGCUAGAAUACUACUGCCACAAGAAUGGCUGGUCACUGCCAGAGUAUUACCUUUACUCCACAGGAGGGCAAGAAGGCAAGACGCUGCUCAUCUAUAAAGUGGUGAUCAAUAGCACUAGAAGCAGCUACAUGCCUGACAAAGUCUGUUCCAUUCUCGAGGAUGCCAAGGAGCUUGCAGCUCAAAAUGCACUCUGGAAUCUAGAUCUCUCAUUCUAUAGCCCCGGUUCACCUGGAAGUUUCUCGCCCUCUACAUCAUCUGGCACAGGUUUGCUUUCAUUUGCUUGUCGAGCUGUACCAUACCCAGCCUACUCCAUGGCCCCGAUCUCUCCUCCGCUGCCAAUUCCUGGUGCCAGUGGCCAGAGGCUCUACAUUUCCAACCAGUCAUCCUUCUUUUGACAGAAGCAGGUUUUCUUGUGUGUUGUUGCUUACUUUUGCAGGUAGGUUAAGUUGAGCUCAGAUUUGCCACUUUGGUUGUGAGUGAACUGGCAUGAAAAAUGUGUUCGGAUUUUCAAACCUAGCUAGCAUUGUAUUAACAUGUGCACUGAUGCAUGUGUUUUGCAGUUAUUUUUUUCUCCAUUAUUUUACAUGUUCUCUUGCACUGUUCUCAUUAGUGAUGCAGUUUGAUUGAUUUAAUGUAAAACAAAAACAGUAUUACUUAUUUUAUUUUUGUUAUGCAGCAGGUUUUACUGCUAUAUGCAAGGUUUACCUUAAAACUAUGAAAUUAACAUUUUUGAAGUCUAGUGAUAUGCCCAGCUGUUUUCCCAGCAUGCCACCUUAACAAUGAAAUAUUCUUCUAUUCACACCCAUUCAGUCUUAUUACCAAAAUGAUUCCUUCACCACAAGCAGGUGUGCACGUUAACAAAAAUAUAUCAAUUCAUUGUUUGUUCAGUUGUUCAUAAUCACAAUGUAUUUUCAGUGUCAAAACAGCCCUGGUUGAAAGAUAAAGAUAUAUACCUA